GGUGGGUAUCUACCGAUAUUAUUACAUGGGUGGGGAAGACAAUGCUUAUUUGCAGCCUCUCUGCUCCGCUUCUCAACACCACUUGAUUUUACUUGUCGUCCGUCUUUGUCGUCUUAUGUGCAUCCGUUGGCCGGAUCCAUCUGCUAAGUGCCCAGUGCCCCAUCCACACCUCGUACAUAGAUACCCAGAAUACGACAGGUAUCGUACAUCCAUUCAUUCAUAGAUCGUCCACUCCGCCCACUCCGCCCACCCUCUUCUUCUUCUUCUUCUUGUUCUUGUUCUUCUUCUUCUGUUCUUCUCCCAAUCUCUCCGCAAAACUCCCCACCGGACAGAAAAAUGCGUCCACCCCGCUCCCUUCUCGCCUUCUUCGCCGCAGUUCUCACCAUAUCGACAACCCACGCCCAAGACCUCCCGGAAACCCUCUACUUCGUCCCCUUCUGCGCGCACGGCUGCAUCGCGACCUUCCUGCCAGCCUACAUUUCCGCGCCGUUCUCGUCGUGCCAGACGUGGGCGGGGAACACGAACCCGACCGUCGCCGCGGCCGAGACCAGCGCCGAAAAGAUCCGCGCCCAAAUCGCGGGAUGCGUCUGGGACGGCUGCGGCGCCGAGGCUAAUCAGGACGCUGGUUUCCAGGAGGCCCUGGCCGGCGUGUGUCCGCCUGCGAGGACGCCGAGUGCUAGUUCGAGUGCUAGUCCGAGCCCGACGCCGACGCCGACGACGACGCCGGCUCCGGUGCAGGCCGUGGAGGAUGUUGAUGAUAUGGAGGAGAAAGAUGCGCAGCGGCAAGGCUCGUCGUCGGGUGGAGGCCUGGCGCCCGGCGCAAUCGCCGGCAUCGUCCUGGGCGUACUGAUCUUCCUGACACUCGUCGCCGCAGCGGUAUUCUUCUUCCUCCGCCGGCGCUCGCAGCGGCGGGAGACGCCGCAUCAGCACUCCGAGACGAGGGAAUUCGUCGAGCCCAAGGGCUGGCACAAUCUUUCGAGCGGGAACGCGAGCACGAGCACGAGCACCACGCCGUCGCCGCCGCCGGGUGCACCUCUUUACCAGCACGAGCAGGAGCAGGAGCACGAGCCGAUGCCCCCGCGACAAUCCCGCGGCUUCGAUUUCGCUUUCGACGUGGAAGCUACCGCGGGCGCGCACGUCAGCCCCGUGGUCUCGCCCGAACAGGAAUACGUGCGUCCCAUGUCCGUGCGGCCGGACGAGAACCCGGAGCUGUGGAGUCCCGUGUCGCCGGUUUCGCCAGUGAUCGGCGCGUUCCCGUUCCCCUUCCCGCCGGAGGUUCGCCGUCAGGAGCAGGAGCAGGAGCAGGAGCAACAGCAGGAGGAGGAACAGGGGCCGUAUGGGCACGGCAUAGUGUCGAUGCCGUAUCUGCCCAGGAAUUCAAUGCUGAAUCGCUCUGAUUCGGUCGAGUGGAGGAGGGAGGUUGAGGAGGCGGCUGAGCGCGCGGCUACGAGAGUUGGUUUGAAGGUUUCCGAGCCCAUUCUGGAGACGACGCCGGCGCCUGCGCCUGCGCCUGAAACGAGGUGGACUCGACGCGUCAGCGAGGGGGUACUGGGGAAAGCAAGAAGGGCUAGUGGUGCUGGGCGAUGAUGGCUGGAAGGGUUUCGGUUUUUUUUUCUUCUUUUCUUCUCUCCUGUCUUGUUUUCUCUUCUGUGCGGGCAUUUUCGGCGUUUAGGGGUGUGCGGCGUUUUAUGUUUUAUAUGGUUUCGCAUGAUGGAUGGGGCUCUGUAUUUAUUUAUGAGCGUGCAUGGUGGCGUACGUAUGAGGGAGAUGGUGGUAUGUGCAAUGAAGUUGAAUGGUAGUGGUCAUGUAUUU